AUGGAGAAAAAGAUAGUGCGCAAAGGGCCGCUGCCUAGAGGUCGCCAGGGCGCGUCUGGAGCUGGCGCUGGACGCGACAGCAUGCGGGCCGCCAGUCGAGCGCGGGGUGUUGCAAGACCACCUAGCAGCCCCCCGCAUCCAUCAUCCCCACCAGAAGGCUUGGAUUCGGCUAGGUCUUCCCGGACUCAGCAAGCGGCACCCGCCGCUGGUGGAGCACGUCGCAUGCGUUGGUCUAAAUCAAUGAAUGAAAACGCACGGCGGGCGUAUUUUAGGGCAAAAGGGGAAGAAACUGGAUGUUUGGCGUAUCGGGCUCGGAUGCAUCGCUUUUUUGCAGAGCUGGAGCCAUCUCUAUCCGUCACUGAGCAAAACCUGGCAGACCGAGUUAGGUACAUCCUGCGCUCCAACAUAUUUGGUGACGCCGAACUCGAGCGACUACGACGUGAGGCUAUUCCUUCAUCGAAUGGAAAUGCUACGGCUGGGAAUGCGGCGCCACUAGCUGCGCAACAAACUGCAUAUGUGGAUGCUGCCGUCAACAUUCCAUUUGUGGCUAAUUCAGACGAUGAUGGAAUAGUCUCCCACGAACUAGAGAAAAUGAGGAGCAUAUUGGAAGAGUCGAUGCUGGAAACGCGCAGCAUGCCUCUCGAAAAUCGACCGCGACUUCCCCGCAUACCCUUAAGCAAUCGAAAUCGGGCUGUCGUGAGGGCUCUUAACCCAAUGCUGGUGACCUAUUUGGAAGCCAGCCGGGACUUUGCGAGACGGAUUCGAUUCUCUUUGGCGCCGCACUGGCCGUUUGCCGUAUUAUUGGCGCCAAACUUCCCGUGGCUGGACGUGCUACUACACAAAGUAGCGCCAUCCCAGCCUGGAGGAAAAAGAAUCGAGGACCGUAUCGCAAAGGCAAGGGCCCUUAUCGGCAGACUGACAAGCUUCAGGUCGGGUAAUAAUAGACCGAGGAUUAUGCGCACCGUUAGGAUGGCGUUUGCUGGGACAAAUAUUUCAGUUUGUUCCAGCCGGAUAUCACUCAAAAACUAA